AUGGUCUCCAUUCUCCUGAUUCUCCUGCUCAUCGGACAAUAUGCUGCUGUGAACGCGGUACCGGGAACAAAGAUCGAUUUACCAGAAGGACAGCCUUCCGGUCCGGCUGAAUAUCGAGCGGCGAUCCACGCAGAAUCACGCGAAAGAAGGGAUCCGUUUUCCCCGCCGUAUGGUUUGCCGGAUUAUCAUUAUACAAGAGAAGACGAGCUGGAGAUGGGCUUCUAUCGAAGCAAUCAUGAUUACCCGCAUCCCCAAGAUCACCCGGGACGACCCGCCGAACAUCGCACUAUCACGCCCAGUACCAGGAUCACACGAAAGAACGGAUUCGUAUCCCCCGCCGUAUACUUUGGUGAGCCAUGCCAAUGGAUUCGAGAGCCAUUUCGAGCCAUGCGUAGGCUGAAUGUUCUCGAAACGAUCUGCUUGCACGUGUAG